CGUCAUCCGGGUCCCGGGCGGGCGGGCGAGCGGGCGCCGUGCGCUUGUCCCGUGGCCGAGCUGCUAAUAAAGUUACGGCGCGUGCACGGCGCAGCGACGGCGUGAGGAGAGCGCGCCCGGACGGCCGGGAGGACUUAAAAGAAGCAUAUGGCACCUGUAAAGUUAAAUGUCACUCCUUGUCGCCACUUGGACCUUCUGCUUGAGACCUGCAUGUGACUUUCCACCUGUGAUUCUGGCUUCUCAUAUCUACUGACUUUGAUUACAGAAAAGUCUCUGAAGAUUCGUAUCAAAUGACGUCAAUGGCCAGCUUGUUUUCUUUCACUAGUCCAGCCGUGAAGCGAUUGUUGGGCUGGAAACAAGGUGAUGAGGAAGAAAAAUGGGCAGAAAAGGCAGUCGAUGCUUUAGUGAAAAAGCUGAAGAAGAAGAAGGGUGCCAUGGAGGAGUUGGAGAAAGCCUUGAGUAGCCCAGGACAGCCAAGCAAAUGUGUCACUAUCCCCAGGUCCUUGGAUGGACGCCUGCAAGUUUCUCACAGAAAAGGCUUACCCCAUGUUAUAUAUUGCCGUGUUUGGCGCUGGCCAGAUUUGCAGAGUCAUCAUGAGCUAAAGCCAUUGGAUAUUUGUGAAUUUCCUUUUGGAUCUAAGCAAAAGGAAGUCUGUAUCAAUCCAUACCACUAUAAGAGAGUGGAAAGUCCGGUCUUACCUCCAGUGUUAGUGCCUCGCCACAACGAAUUCAAUCCGCAGCAUAGCCUUCUGGUUCAGUUUAGGAACCUGAGCCACAAUGAACCGCACAUGCCACACAACGCCACGUUUCCGGAUUCCUUCCAGCAGCCCAACAGCACCCCUUUCCCCUUGUCUCCUAACAGCCCCUACCCCCCUUCCCCCGCCAGCAGCACAUACCCUAGCUCCCCAGCAAGCUCUGCACCAGGAAGCCCGUUUCAGCUCCCAGCUGAUACACCUCCUCCUGCGUAUAUGCCCCCCGAGGAUCAGAUGGGACAAGAUAACUCCCAGCCCAUGGACACAAGCAGUGCUGUCAUUCCUCAGAUCAUGCCCAGCAUAUCCAGCAGAGAUGUUCAGCCUGUUGCCUAUGAAGAGCCCAAACACUGGUGUUCAAUUGUCUACUAUGAACUGAACAACCGUGUAGGGGAAGCUUUCCAUGCAUCUUCUACUAGUGUGUUAGUAGAUGGAUUCACAGACCCUUCGAAUAACAAAAGUCGAUUCUGCUUGGGAUUGCUGUCAAAUGUGAACCGUAAUUCAACCAUUGAAAACACAAGGCGGCAUAUUGGAAAAGGUGUUCAUCUGUACUACGUUGGUGGGGAGGUGUAUGCCGAGUGUCUUAGUGACAGCAGCAUCUUUGUUCAGAGUAGAAAUUGCAACUUCCACCAUGGCUUCCACCCCACCACUGUCUGUAAGAUUCCCAGCAGCUGCAGCCUCAAGAUUUUUAACAAUCAGGAAUUUGCCCAGCUUCUGGCUCAGUCUGUCAACCAUGGGUUUGAGGCCGUGUAUGAGCUCACAAAGAUGUGCACCAUUCGAAUGAGUUUUGUCAAGGGCUGGGGAGCAGAGUACCAUCGACAGGAUGUUACUAGUACUCCAUGCUGGAUUGAGAUUCACCUCCAUGGGCCUCUUCAGUGGCUGGAUAAAGUCCUUACUCAGAUGGGCUCUCCUCUGAACCCCAUUUCUUCUGUUUCAUAGUGCAGAAAUAUUCUUUUCAACUAUAUUUUUACUGGACUUGUUUUAAUUUUAGAAGAAUUUCCAGUACAGAUGCUGUGAGCUGACAUGGAAAAACAGAUAUUAUUGCUUAUUUUUUCUACAUAAUUGUGACCAACACAUUUGUAUUUUGUGAUGAAUUUACAUUUGUUUGUAUUCAUGUUCAUUGUAACUUUCAAAAGUAUUGUAAACAAUGUAGAGUAUUUUGCCCCCGUUGAGAAGUUUGGCAUUGAUGUUAAACUGGAACAUGCUUUUGUUUAUUGUCCCAACCAGUUUUUACAAAGCAGUGCACCACAUAAUGAAGAUUUUCCUGGAAGAGGGCAUAGAAUGUGGAAAGUCCUAGGCGAUGAGUUUCUAGUCAGGUCUUUGUCCUGCCACCUUUGAAAAAGCAUAGUACAUUGUUUUGCAAAGACAUGGUAGGAGCUUAAAGGAAACUAUUGAAUCUCUAUUUGAAGGAUACUGUGCACUCCUGAUGUGUUUGGUGAGAGCAGGGUGGUGGAUCUCUAGAUGUCAUAAUUGACAUGUAGUAUAGCUGGUGUUUGUCAGUGUAAUGUGACUCUAUGCUAUAUAUCAUUUGUAAAACAUUUCCUUUUUAAAAAUGUCUAUUAUCUGUCAUUUUACUCAAGUUUGUCAUAAGUUUUAUUGAACAGUUCAGUGUGUACAUGGCCUUGUUCAGCUGUAUUUGCUGCUUUGGGCCAAUGUUUCAAGAACUCUAAUUUUAAUGUGCAUUAACCUUUUCAUUUUGCACUUUUAUGGGUGACAGUUUUAGUGUAACCUCCGCUAGAACAGUCAGGUGACCUGAUCUUAGCUCUUCCCUUGACUUCCUUGGCACUCCUUUGUAUCAGCACUGCCAUUUAGAGAUUCCAGUUGUGCGACAUGAUGCUUUUCCUAGCUUUUAUCUUUUAAUCUAAUGUAUGAAGUUGUUAUUCUAUAGCUCCAACUAAGGUGCCUGUUAAUUCCCUACAAUUUUAUGGGUGUUAUUAAUGUUGAAAGAUCAUAUACUUAAUACUAUUGCUCUUACACCAGACUUUCCAUACAAGGACCUAUGCAGUGCGACCAUCAGGCUCUUUGGGUGGGUCCUGAGGAUGAGGCUGCUGGUGUGCUGGUGACCAAGUCAUCAGUGGGGGUUGGGAUAGCGCAUUUGUAACGUCAUGUAACAAAGAAUGUAGACUUGUCUCUCUCAGCAUCAAUGCUCUGCCUUUUUCUUCUUUUAGAACCUACCUUGAUGCUAGUCUCCAGAACACCAUCUUGGAUGUCAAUGCUCUAAGACACCCAUUUAGUUCACUGUGCCUUUGGCCUUAGGGAACAGUCAGAUGGACAGUUUCGGCCUGAGAAUGAAGACACUACUUUGAUAAAGAAAAAAAAUGACCUAAUUUCCCUAUCAGAGCGAGAAGCUUGAUUUCCUGGUGCCACUUUAUUCUGCUGCUGAAAAUGUUAUUUUGGUUUGACUUUUUAUAAUGCCCUUCCUGCCAUUACGGGGAAACCAGCUUUGUGGGGGGUGGGGGUGGGGGAGGCAUGAGUCCCCUUGUUUUCUGUGUCAUUAUUUAUUGCCUUUCAGAGUGUAGCCAUUGGGUGGCUUCAUUCCUUCCAAGAAGUACUUUGCUGGGCCUUUAGUAGCUUGAGCCUCCAUGGCGCAGUCUUCAGAGCAAGUUUGCAGGUCUCAAGUUGAAUGACAGGUACCCGUCAGUGAGCCCUGCUGAAGUCUGGAAGCAAGUGCCUUUAGUUGCUUUGUCGACAGUGAGUUGGUUAUGUUGUUUCUCCACAGUCAUGUCACAGCCCUCCGGGUUGCAGGGUUCUGUGUGAAUGGUAGGACUGAAGCUCUUAGCUGUCCAGAGUUUCAUGGAGAAGUCCAAACCUGUUUCCUAAAAGUUGUCAACAUCACACCUGUGUCUGUAAAUGAAAAGUGCAGUCUGUCUGCCUGCUCCUGUAAUGUCGAAGGACAUACUUACGUCUGUGGGUAGGAAAAAAAGUGUGCAAAGCAAGUGCACAACUCUGGCCUGAAAGAAGCAGUUCUUGUAAAGAAGCCGUUCAGAAGGGUGUGGCUGCUUGGCAUUUGUGAGGAAUGCUUGCCGUCAGACCCAGAGCAGCAGCAGUACGUCUCUCUGUGAUGAGUCUCCUGCAGCCCGGACUGGCAUUGACCGUGCUAACUUGCUGAGGGUGGCCUUGAGCUUCUGAUCCUUCUGCAUCUACCUCCCAAAUGCUGGGAUGACAGAUAGCCUUUUUGUACCCGUCUCUGUGGAGUUGAGGAUCAGACUCAGGACUUCAUGCAUGCUCAGGCGAGUGCUCUACCAACUGAGUGACAUCUUGAGUUCAGUGACCACAUUUUUAGUGUGCAAAAUAUAUUAAUAUAUGCCAGAUAAAGUGAUAGAUUUGCAAAUAAUGAAAAUUGCCAUCAGUUUGGUGAAUUCUGCAAAUGGUAGAAUCAAAUUUUCAGUCAUGGAAUACAGCAACAAGAUGCAUCUAGAAAAAAGCAUGGCCUGAGGAGGCCAUUUGACUGGUCUGUCUCAGGGUAACAUGAUGGCCUGGUAGUUGUUACCAAACUAAACUUAUGGCCUAUAGGUAGUAGGCAUGCUGUUGGCCGUCCAGAAUGACUACUCUGAUUUAGAGAAAAUUGUAGGAAGAAGUCAGUUUUAAAAUCACAAACAAAUAGAACAGAAUAUAAAUCUUUUUCUGUGUUGUUUCAUGGUUGUUGGCAUAUAAAAAGUGGUCAUAGAAGUAUCUGGACUGCUAGUGUGAGACCAGUAUUAAUAUUGCUAGAGACACAGUUCAGCCGGCUACACUAAAAUGCAGAUAGGGAAUGUGCCCGUGUUGAUAACGUGUGGGCACCCUUGGGUGUAAAUGGCAGUGACAUUGUGAUAAGAGAUGUACUGUCGAAGUGAACACUGGGACUGCCUGCGAGGACCUGCGGAACGUUUCCGAUCCUGGCCAGUAGUGCCCUCGUGAGGAGAGACAGCUCCUGAAACCGAGUCGGGGGUGUGGUGUGUGUGUUGCUGAGAGCACCGCGGUGGCUCAGGCCUUUCCCAGUCAUUUCCCUGGAGCACUGGAUUGUCUUCCUCUUCUCACUUCAAGUUUUGUCUCCUUUUGAUUCCUGAAGAUGAAAUAUUCUUAAAAAUUACUGGUUUUUAAAAAUUUAUUUCUUUGGGUUUUUGUUGUUUUGAGACAUAGCCUCUCUAUAUAGCCCUGGCUAACAUGGAAAUUACUGUGUAGGCUAGCCUCAAACUUGAAGUAAUUCUCUUGCCUCUGCAGUUCUGGGGUUACAGGCACAUGACCCGGUACAGUGACCUCUGAUGGUUUUUAGAGUUCAGCCUCUGGUGAUGGUGCGCAUUUAGACCUAUUAUCUUUAAAGUGCUCUGAACCCCUUCUUUGUCUACCAGGUAAAUCCUCUGCUGUCUGGGGUCUCAGUAAAAAUGUAUUUUCUCAGUAUACACACAGCUAAAUAAGCAGGCAGCUUUUAAUGUAGGUGACCUGUGGUUUUAGAAGCGUUUCAUGAUCUUAGGGGAGGGGAUUUUCCUAAGUGGUGGUUUGUAGGGGCCCCAAUGCUAAGGAGAAUAACCUCUUGAAGGUAAUCUCCAGUGCGUGGCUGUUUCCUCACAGCAGUAGGGGUUUCUCCUUUGGAAUGUGCCAGUUCUUAGAAAUUUUGUUUAAUGAGAUGCAUGUAUAGGAAGUGAGCAUUGAAGGCAUUUGUUCUACACUAACAGUUUUCUGUCUGCUGGAUGGACACUUGAACAGUUCUGUAGACUGUUGGGCUGCAGUGGAGUGUGUGCUAAUAAUGGCCAGCAGUGGUUAGCAGUGUUGGUCUCGGUGGUGGAGCACUUCCCAGCACUGCAUCAACCAAACCAAACAGCUCUCAGAUGCACCAGUACUGUAACUGAAGUGACCACCCACAACUGGAUAGUGUCAGAACCAAGGACAACAGAGUCUUAGUGACAUCCUAAAAAGUGAGAAUCCGUGUUAAAACACUUAGCUGGUGACUGUUGCUGCUCAGUGAUGACCUCGUCCCCUGCCAGGAUUCAGUGCUGGAGCACUGGACCUCAGAAGAGGAGUUUGUGUCCUUGUCCAAGUGAAAAUCAGCAUAAGCAGUUACCAUUUAAGGAUUUGUUUGAAGUUGCUUUUCUUAAAAAUCCCCGAAUUUUGUGUGCAGGUGGGACACCUGCUGGCUCCCGCCCCGCUGUGGGUCCUGUUUGUUACUGUGAACUGGUGUUAGCCAUAACCGCACUCCAGUUAGGCCAAAGAGUCAGUCCUAAGUUCUUUUGAAAGAAGGUUUUUUAGAGUCGGCUGUCCUCUUCUGAUGUCAUUGGCAAUGCUGCUGCUUUGGCAUUCUAUGGAGCUAAAGUAUGGGGAUCGUAAGUAAUGAUUGUUGGGCCGUGGCACUUUAGCAUGCCUGGUUAAAGUUGCAAUCUGAGUUUACUUACUUAAAUUUAGGUAGGAAUAUAGUCAUGGAAAUGAAUAGCUUGUGUGUUCCUGCCUUUUCCGAGGAAGACAUCUCCCGUGUGGAAUGGUGGAGAGCAAGAACCGACGGCUGCACUGUGGUCUGCUUGCCUGCAUUGGUCCUGCUUCUCUUCAUGUCAUAGGAGACGAAACUAGCAGCAUGCUUCAACUCCGCUCCUUUUUGAUACUUACAAAAAUGUAUUAGGUUUUACUAUAUUGUGCUUCUCAAAGCCAUAACUAUUAAGCAAUUUGUUUUGCAUAUUGUUUGCUAAUACUUUAUUUUAAUAAACCUCAAAAUGUG